UCUGCGUAUAUAAUCCCCAUUAAUAAUCAUGUCUGGACGUGGCAAAACUGGCGGCAAGGCUAGAGCCAAGGCCAAGACCAGGUCUUCCCGUGCUGGACUGCAGUUCCCAGUGGGUCGCGUCCACCGUCUGCUCCGCAAGGGCAACUAUGGCGAGCGUAUCGGCGCCGGUGCUCCUGUCUACCUGGCAGCAGUGCUGGAGUAUCUGACCGCUGAGAUCCUGGAGUUGGCGGGAAACGCAGCCCGUGACAACAAGAAGACCAGAAUCAUCCCCCGUCAUCUUCAGCUGGCUGUCCGCAACGACGAGGAGCUCAACAAACUCCUCGGAGGUGUGACCAUUGCCCAGGGUGGUGUGUUGCCUAACAUCCAGGCUGUUCUGCUGCCCAAGAAGACCGAGAAGGCCGCCAAGAAGUAAACUACUUCACACUCUAAUCCCCACAAAGGCUCUUCUAAGAGCCACUCACUUCCACAAUGAGGAGCAUUUAUUCCUUCCUCAGCUAUAUGACUUUAAUUUUAAUUUUAGCCUUUAUCUGCCCCCCUCCCACUUCUGAAUGAUUAACUUGCUGAUCAAGUACUGAACUGUGUAAAUAGGCGGGUAUCGGCAAUACCCAUAGAUCUUACAAAUAUACCUGUCUAAGUGUUCCUCAACCUAAAAGGAAAAUUAUAUAUUUAUUCCAAACCUUGAAGGUAGUGGUGUGUUUGAGUGUUGUGCGAUACUACUAAUUUUAUUUCCGAUCCGAUACUAAGUAAAUUAAGGCUGGUAUCAAUUCUGAUACACGCUAAAAUUUUUGAAGUUGUGUAUUUUCAAAAACUGUAAACAUAAGAAUAAAGAGUAAAAUAUGUGAUGAGUGGACAGCUGCAAUUUGCA